UGAAAUUCGAUUCUCAUGGUAGAAAUGUACGACAAAAUUUGACAACCUUUCUAUUUGAUUUGAAUUCAUCUUUCUUGUACUGAUAUCUAGAAAGUAUGGAGUGGACGAAAGAUGAGAUCGAUAAAUACGUAGCGAAAGUCCGGCGACUCUGUGCGAAUGCACACGAGCCAAAUAUAAAAGGGUUUGCCUUUGCUAAGCUGUACAAGGAGGUAUCGGACUAUGAGAGCGCAAAGAGAUAUCUUGAAGCUUACAUUAGUGAAAAGGAGACUGACUUUAGGGGUCAUUGUCUCAUGGGACAGCUGUAUGAAGGAGUGGGUGAACUAGAAAAGGCUGUAGCUUCAUAUCGCAGGUCUUUGGAAUUGAAUAACAGUCAAAAGGAACUGGUUUUGAAAGUGGUAAAGUUGUACUGCAGUGUACCAGUUCACCCCGAAAGAGCUAAGGCGUGGGCAGACAGAGGUGCUCGUUUGUUUCCUGGUCAUCCGGAUGUGUUCAGUCUAAGGUUGCAUCUUCUGGAGUCAGCUGAAGUUGUAGAUUAUGAUGCUCUUGAAGAUUUGAUUUCUGAGGAGCUGAGCAAAAGGCCCAGAGAGGUUGACUUACAUGUAAGAUUGGUGAGACUGUAUGCUGUGAGAGGACGGCUUGAUGAGGCUUUUACUCAUUGUGUGACAGUUUUAAAAACAAAAGCCUUCCAAGACAGUCUACCAUGGAUUGCUUGUUGUGUGGAAAUGUUUGAGAAAUACCUUGCAUCUCUAGAAAAGCACAUAUUGGAAGAUGAGGCAGUCAGUGCUGGUAACAGCAUGCUUGAUGUUCAUGCCUACCUUCUGAUUGCUCUUUGUCAGUUUUUGGAACUUAACCUCCAUGAAUGUAGCACUCGUGAAGUUAUCAAUGUUCUCUUCAGGUUGGAUCACUGUUUGUUUAUGGCUGAUGGACGUAAAAUCCGCCAGUCACCAAGACGAUCCACAUCUGGUGGACCAACUGAGUGGGAAGUGAUCCUAGCAGAGAUGAAAGCUCAGCUUUACAUGUACUGCGGCACUUUGUUAAUUCGACUUGCCAAAGAGAAAUUUGUAACAUGGCCUAGAGGGCUGAGAUUUGCAUGUGCCUGUUACUUGGCAAGUGUCAGUAUUCCACCGCCUGAGACAAAAACACCGUGGGUUGCUAGAGCUCCUAAAAACAAAGACCCUCUCAAGUGGUACAUCAUGGCUUGCUCACGGCUCAGUCAAACUGGACAUUUCCUUAUGGCCACAAGAGACAAGCUUGGUCAAGACUGGUUGGAUAUGUGUUACACAGACUGCUGUUCAAGGCAAGGGAAACAUGACAUCCUCAGUACAAUUUACAGGGAUGUGAGAGAUUUAAAUAAAUCUUUCUUGGCUUUCGAUGAAGACUUCUGUGAGAAUGAGCUGACAAUACCUGAAGUUGAUCAAUUGGUCAGUUGGGAUGAAGUGGCAGUUAGGGAGAAUCCUCGCAGCCUAGAAAAGAUCACAUGGAUUGGAUUACACUGGUAUCAAUACAACAAGGAAAUGAGGCCUGGAGUGGGUACUAUGGUGAAGGACAUUUUUCCAGAGCUGAGACUUGAUGUUCUAAGCAUUCAGAAACAGAUUGCUCCUAACAUGUUAUGCUUGAGGGACCUGGAGGCAUUUGUUUAUGCAAUUGUAAGGACUUCAGCAGCUAGAGUUUUGGAGGACAAAGACAUUGUUUAUGAGGAUUAUGAGCCUCAAAUUCUACCUCAGCCGCUUUGCAAUACUCUUAGCUUACCUGUGCAACAGGAAUGGUGGACAUGUGCUUAUAAUCUCUACACUGGAAAAUAUAGUGUUAAAGAUUCUAAUAGAACUUGCCACAAUGUUCAGUGUGGCAUGGAGAAAAUACGAGCUGUGGAUGAAAGACAUGGUCUGCAAGUUCAACUGCUGAUCUACCUUGCCAAAGCCUUUGGAUCCAAGGCAACGUAUCUGAAGGGAAGUGUCCCAAAUCCAUGGUUCUAUGAGGAACAUUGGAAGAGUAUGGAAAAAUGGAGUUUACACUACUUCAGACAAGCAGCCAAAAUCUUGGAAAUGCACGAAAAGAAUGAGUCUAUACCGUACUGUGAGAAUCCCUUAUUUCCUCAUGUAUUUGAUGAACUACAGGAAAAUGAUUUGAAAACACAGUUUCAGUCUGUCCGAUUGGCAAUAGGAGGUGGCCUUUUGAAGGAAGGAAAGAUCUUUGAAGCCAUGGAACUCUUUGAAAUGGUCAAAACACCUCCAGGAUUGUACAAUCUUGCACAGGGUUACAAAUACCUUGCACAUGUUGAGCAAUGUGCAGCAACUGAGGAGUCAGAGGCAGAAACUACUUUGCCAUCCCAGGAGUAUUACCAAAAUCUGCGGAAGGCGCGAGAAUUACUUCAGUCUUAUCUCAAGAUGACUAACCCCUCUGAUAUUGGUCGAAAGGCUGUCGUGGAUGAGCUUACAGAGAUAGAGAACUUGAUUAGAACUGGAGUUCUACAGUCCAAGCCAGCAUCAGGCCAUCGUCUAGACAGUCAUCACAGUUCGUCUUAUCCAGGAAGCCGGCGCAGCUCAACUAAUGCAUCAGAGGUACAGGAAUCCGAUGACAAUUUCUGGUUGGAACAGCCACAUGACGCCAGCACAAAAGAUCUGAUUGCUAAAUUGAGUGAAGUGACUCUUAAUAAUGGCUACCUGCAAGAACAAAUGGCUAUUAGAGAUGAAGCCAUGAACAGCAUGUCUGAGCAAAUACAACAUUUGCAGAAACAAAUAAGCAUGUUACAGGCGUCAAGUUAUGGAUAUCUCUCAUUUCCUGAUGCCACUUCACUUUAUCCGAGUCCAAAAGAUCAGAGUAGACCUAUGUUCGAAUCCACGCCGGCUGGUACAAAGCAGAUGUCUCUAUCAGAAGGCGGAAAACCUCUGACGUCGCCAAGGAUCAAGGGAUCAUUGAAGAUUGAUUCAAGUUUCUUUGCCGGUUUAAGCGCAAGCAAUAGCCCAGAAAAACGAGUAGAGCAGGUUGAGGAGCUCGUGACAUCACCUGUGUCGCCUGGAAGGCCAAGACACGAUUCUUCCACUUCAUAUACUGAAGAUGUUCAUUUCGAACCACUCAUACCCCUCCCUGAACGAGUUGAAGUACAAACUGGAGAGGAGGAUGAAGAGGUCAUGUUCAGUAGCAGAGCUAAGCUGUAUCGCUAUGACAAAGAUGUAUCUGCUUGGAAAGAGCGCGGUAUUGGCAUAUUAAAGAUUCUUUAUAACUCAGAGAAGGGACGUAGUCGAAUAUUGAUGAGACGCGAGGCAAUCCAUAAGAUUUGUGCCAAUCACUUUAUUACAGAUGAUAUGAAGUUGACAGAAAAGAAAGGCACAACCAAUGCAUGGAUUUGGAACACUUUUGCUGAUUAUUCAGAGGAGAUUGGAAAACCAGAACAAUUGGCAGUGAGGUUCAAAACCCGAGAUGAGUUUCUAUUGUUCAAGGAAAAGUUUGAGCACUGUCAAAACUUACCAAAGAAAGAUACCUCUAACGUACAUAAAACGGCACAAUCUGCAAACAAGAUUUCCGACUUCAUGACUAAAUUGGCUCCAAAACCUGGCUGUUGGUCAUGCUCUGUGUGUUGGAUCUCCAAUGAGGAACGUACAUGUGUGUGCAUGGCCUGUGGAGCUGCUAAGUUGUCAGAGGGAAAUGCAUCUGUCUCCCCUGAGGCUUCCAAGUCUGGUUUCCAAUUGGUUUCGCCAAUUGGUUUACAAGGAAAACCUUCACCUGACGGUCCAUUUACAGUUAGAAAUGUCAAGACAGGGACGGCAUUUACCGCUGCAAAUAGUGCUCUUGGAACAUCGGAUGGAACGUCAAACAGCUUCCCUUUUAGUUUUGCACUUGGGAAAGAUGGUCAAAAAACUAUUGAUACCGGUGCGACUGAGUCGCAAGUUGAAUUUGGAGAGAGCGAUGUGCAAACGCUACAUACAGCCUCGAGCAAUUUGCCAUUCAGGUUUUUACUCAGAGAAGGUGUUACUAGAAUGGAGAACUCAAGUUCAAGUGGUUCCCCUUUUGCGUUUGGUACAUCAUCAGCAGGAAUAGCUGGUAACACGGCAUCUGGUUCCGAUAAAGGUGCAUUUACAGUGCCAGCAGGGACAAAGCCUACAACGGCUCAAUCAUUUGUGUUGGCGCCCUUUGGAGUCCCUGCUAACGCUGACAAAUCAAACUCCCCCGCCUUCACUUUUGGCUCGUCAAGCAUGACUGGAUCAUCACUUCCUUCCUUGACGACAGAGAAAGCUGCCUUUGAAAACACCGUAUCAUUUGGCUCCUUUAAUACUGGGAGGUCCCCAACUUUUGAUCCAGAUUUAUCUGCAUCCGAUACACGGACAGAUCCUCUUCCAAGCGAGAGAUCUGAUGUAGACAGCCAAGUGCCACAAAAUGUUUCAGAGCAUGCUUUGCAAGGUCAAACUUAUCCUCCAUUUUCUUUUAGUACGCCUACCACCAAUUUAGGAAUCUCCGAACAGAAAUUGUUUUGGCAACAACCUACUGGUAGCUUUCAGUUUGGUCAACUUCAGUCCCUUCCGCCUCUCGGUGGAGCUAAUUGGUGGCACCGGGGAACAGGGCCCCUCUUAGACCCUGCUAAAACACAACUUAAGGGCACUUCACAGACGUCAGAAAUGUUGCCUCGACCGUUGACAGUUUUUCCCCAUGCUCAGAUGCAAGGGGCAUUUACUUUAAGUAGUAGACCCGUCAUGGAGUUUUCUAGCAGUGAGUUACUUCGAUGCCUUGCUGCUGCGAAAGAACAGCAAGAGUUAGUCGCUCCAGACUCCCCGGCUGAAGGCUAUGACUUUACACCUUAUGUUGUUGAUGAGCCAGGAGAGGAGUCUUACUCACUUGGCACAACCAUGCCUACGUCGUUUGUAGCAGAAGAAUAUGACCGUAAUGACGACGAUGAUGAUGAGUAUGUUGAAGAUCUUGAUGAAUCCGAAGAUUCUGACGAUGAAACCUCAAGUUACCCUGCCACCGACGAUGAAGAGGAUGAAUUAGAUAAGUCUCCCGCGAGAAUGCCAGUUAUGCAACCAUCUCAAGUGCAGGUACAGUUUCAAUCUAGUAAAGGAAAUGUGGUAACAACCCCAGUGAAACCAAUUCCGAUUCAUUCCACCCCACCAGAGAGCGUUGGACCCGCCACUCUUCCUUCUCACAUGACUGGGAGACGUUUCUUGACAGCUAAAAGCCCACUAAAAGCAACGAAAAAGCAAGAUGAAGACUGUUUUGUCGUUUAUGAGGUUCGUGCCCCAAUGAGUGAUCGUGAUAAAGCAUGUCGCCUUUGUCUACCGUUAAAUUUCUUUAAUUACACUAAACAUGCAUCAUGCAGUGGAUGCUAUGGUUGUGGAAAAUCAAAAGAGCCUAUGAUAUCAAAGAGAGAGAAUGAAGUAGAGAACACUAUGCCUAAAUUUCAAGACAGUGAUUCAAGGCCAGACCAAUGCUUACCCACCUCACAUGUGUUUGGAGAGUCCUCUUCGAUUGGUCAACUGACAUUUUCAUCCCUGAAGCCUAGAGAAGGUGAUGCAUUUUCCGUGACUCAGAAAAAAGAAAGCUUUAAACCAUUUCAAGGAGCUGGUAAACAGUUAUUUGCUGAGACAAGUGAAGACGUCGAAGGUCAAGAUGACGAUAAACUUCACUUUGAGCCAAUCAUUGCUCUUCCAGAUGAAAUUCAAAUUGUGACAGGUGAAGAAGGUUUAGAUGUGUUGUUCUGCGAGCGAGCCAAGCUGUACCGUUUUGACAGUGAUUCUAGUCAAUGGAAAGAACGAGGGGUCGGAGAAAUGAAGCUCUUACGGCAUCCAAAGUCUUGUCAAGGAAGAGUGCUCAUGAGACGGGAGCAGAUAAAAAAGUUGUGUGCCAAUCAUUACAUCAGUGCUGGGAUGGAGCUGAAACCCAAUGUUGGAUCAGAUCGUUCUUGGGUGUGGUACACUCCAGCCGAUUAUGCCGAGGGUGAGGCGAAACCAGAGAGGCUCGCGAUCAAGUUUAAGUCUGCAGAAAUUGCUGGAAAGUUUAAGGAAGUAUUUGAUGACCUCAGAGAGACAUUACCCUCAGAAACUAGCCCUGAAAAGGAAGUAACUGGUGAUGAACAAGAGACUGGCUGUGCUCUUUUUAAGCAAUUCAUGUCGAGAUUUGCUCCUGCGCCAGGCUCGUGGACGUGUGAAGUGUGCGACGUUGACAACGAUGCCGAACAUUUGCAAUGUAAUGCAUGUAACUCUGUUAAGACUGCAAGAGAACCUCAGAGAACUGUUUCCAUAGGAAUGGAAGAAAAUUUGAAACCCUCAGGACCAAUGUCGAAUGCUGCAGUCCCUCAAUCAGAACCAGCAAACACCGCUCAAGACGUCAAAAAGGAGUCUUGUCAAGUUGCAUCUAUUUUCCAAUCACCCGGCGGCUCGGCACUGGCUAGCUCGAAACUUUUUACUAUCGGACGGGGAGAUCCAAAUGAAGAAAAAGAAGAUAAAAUUUACCUUUCUCCAAGCAAGACAUCUUCUCCCAGUCAGCAAGGAAUUAUCUUGUCGCAAAAGCCCUCAACGUCUCCCGGACAGAGUUACUUACCCAGUAGUCUUCCGUUUGGCUCAACAACACCUGUGAAGUUCACUUUCAGUUUGACAGUUUCACCUGGGUCUCCAUCUCGUAAACCUAAAUCACCAUCAUCACCUGCGACACCGUCAUCUCCUGAGAGUCCUAGCCGUGGAGAAGAUGAUGGCCCGUACUUUGAGCCACUGAUACCACUUCCUGAUAAGGUGGAAUGCCGAACAGGAGAAGAAGGCCAAGAGGUACUUUUUUGUGAACGUUGCAAAUUGUUUAGGUAUGACGGAGGUGCAUCGCAGUGGAAAGAAAGAGGUGUUGGUGAUAUCAAGAUACUUCGUGACUCAAACUCUAAUAAAAACAGGAUUUUAAUGAGGCGUGAACAUGUCUUGAAACUCUGUGCUAAUCACAUGAUUUCUACGGAUAUGGUGCUGAAGCCUUUCCCAAACUCUGAUAAGGCAUGGCUGUGGACAACACUUGCGGAUUUCUCAGAAGAAAAAGCCACAGCAGAGACUUUAGCUGCGAGGUUUAGAACUAGUGAGGUUGCUGCUAAAUUCAAAGAAACUUUCGACAUUGGUACACAGGCGGCUGUAUCAAAACCAGAGAAGGGUCCAUCCUUAUCAAAACCAGAGAGCAAGCCUCCGGAGUCAAGAACAUCGGAAAAACCUGAAGAAGAUGUCAUGAUAAUAUUCGAGAAAGGAGUAACGGCUGAUCUAAAGGAGAAAGCCAAACGGCUUCAAUUGCCAAGGAACUUCUUCGGAUAUGAAUGUUCGGCGCUUGAAGUCAGCUCUGAUCUGUCGGAAACUGAUGCGAGGCAAUCAGACCAGCCGACAAGUGAUCCCAUUCCCGAGGGAAGUUCCACCUCGACCUCAAACAAGACAGGCUUCCUUUUUGGCUCUGCAAGUGUGUCGUCUUUGACCUUUCAAUCGAUCGUUGCAUCUUCACUGGGAAGCAGUCCUUUUGGACAGAAGACGCAAGGUACGUUUGGUGGUUUUUCAGGAGCUGGGUCACAGCUGUUUGCCUCCCAAAAUGCAGACGAAGAUGACGAAGCAGGGGAUGGUAACCAUGAUGGACCACACUUUGAGCCAAUUAUUCCUCUUCCUGAAAAGAUCGAUGUUAAAACUGGUGAAGAAGAUGAAGAGGUAAUUUUUUCUCAUCGAACCAAGCUUUAUCGUUUUGCUGCUGAGGACAAGCAGUGGAAGGAGCGAGGAGUUGGGGAUAUAAAGCUUUUGAAAAAUAGACAAAGUGGAAAGAUGAGAGUUCUGAUGCGGCGGGAUCAGGUGCUUAAAAUAUGCGCAAAUCACCAGAUAACCGCUGAAAUGAAACUACAGCCGAACGCAGGUUCAGAUAGAUCGUGGGUGUGGAGCACAAUGGCAGAUUUUUCAGAGGGCGAAUGUAAAGCUGAACAACUUGCUGUGAGAUUUAAAUCAGAAGACACCGCCAAGCUGUUCAAGGAGAAGUUUGAAGAAUGUCAGGGAAUGCUGAGGAACGAAACACCAAUGAAGCUUCAAGUAACACCCAAAACUACAGAUGCCAAAGAAGAUCUCGUGACCAAGUUUAAACCAGCUGAGGGAUCAUGGGAAUGUAGCGACUGUAUGGUAAACAACGAUAGUGAUAAAGUGCAGUGUUCAGCUUGUGGAAAUGUAAAACCAGGAGCAGAACCAAGGCAAGGCCAAAAGAAAGAAGCUAAUGCGUCGUUUUCAUUUGGUGGCUCUAGUCUUUCAUCCUCUGGUGGAGGCUUUAUGUUUGGCUCUGGAGGAUCAAGUCAAGAGGGUGAUACCAAACCAGUUUUCACUUUUGGUAGCUCGAACCAAAAAUCAAAUCCAAGCUCAGGAUUUUCAUUCACCUUUGGUUCCUUAAAACAAGCAGGACCUGUAAGUGAACAGCAGACAGAGGACACCAAUGGCAAUCUUUCUUUAUUUAAUGAACAAAAGCUUGAUGAGGAAGCUGACGACUCCAAAGAUGGCCACGACGGCCAAGAACUUUCGGAAAACCAAUCAUCAGCUAACCUGGCCAAAGAAGAUAGAAUAAAUGAGGAUGCCAGAAAAGACGUCAUGACGAAGUUUCAACCUACAGAAGGAUCAUGGGAGUGUGAGAUUUGUAUGGUGAACAAUGAAAGAGAUAAAGUUGAAUGUGCAGCUUGUGGAAGCGUAAAGUCAGGAGCAGAAGUCAUUAAAGAACAAAAGCAAGAUUCAAAAUCACUUUUUCCAUUUGGGUUUGGUUCUUCGUCAUCUGGCGGAGUCUUCUCAUUCGGCUCUGGUGGAACAAGUCAAGGCGAUUCAAAACCAGUUUUCACUUUUGGCAGCCAGAACCAGACUUCCACCCCAAGCUCUGGAGUUGCAUUUAGUUUUGGCUCUAUAGAUCAAGGAGAAACUUUGAGCGAACAGGAGACUAAAAGAAACCCUAAAGCUGGUUCCUUGACUGACCCAGCAGACAAUGAAGGAGCUGAUGAUACUAAGGAUGAUCAAAACCAGAUUAUUCAAGAAGGGGUAGAUGUCAAAGAAAAAGCUCAAGUGGAAGAAGUUGGCACAAAAGAGGAUAGUUCUACCCUUGAAAGUGACAAGGACUCGGCACCUGCCAUGCAAGACACAAAAGAUACUUUGCCAAACAAGGAGCAAAAGUUCCUAUUUGGUUCUCCUAACGUAUCGUCAUUGUCAUUCCAGUCAAUCGCCAGUUCGUCUCUGAGCAACAGUCCAUUUGGGAAGAAACCAACUUCCGGUAAUUCCCCGUCUGGGUUUCCGGGAUCAGGCACCAAACUAUUCACAACCCCACAUUCUGCAGACCGUGAUGAGUCGACAACGGAAGAGGACCAUGAAGGACCACACUUUGAGCCAAUAAUCCCUCUACCUGAAAAGAUCGAUGUUAAAACAGGGGAAGAGGAUGAAGAAGUCAUGUUCUCCCACAGGGCAAAGCUAUAUCGUUUUGUGGCAGAGGACAAGCAGUGGAAAGAACGAGGAGUUGGAGAUAUAAAGCUUUUGAAAAAUAGGCGAAGUGGAAAGAUAAGAGUUCUAAUGCGGCGGGAUCAAGUGCUGAAAAUCUGCGCCAAUCACCAGAUAACCGCUGAAAUGAAACUAAAGCCUAAUGCAGGUUCAGAGAAAUCGUGGGUAUGGAGCACGAUGGCAGAUUUUUCAGAGCAGGAAUGUAGAGCUGAACGACUUGCUGUGAGGUUUAAAUCAGAAGACAUCGCCAAGCAGUUCAAGGAGAAGUUUGAGGAAUGCCAAGAAAUGCUAAAGAACUCGACACUGAUGGAGUCAAGGGUACAACCGAAGUCCACAGAUGCCAAAGAAGAUCUUGUAGCUAAGUUUAAACCAACUGAGGGAUCGUGGGAAUGUAGCAUCUGCAUGGUGAACAACGAUAGUGAUAAAGUGGCUUGUGCAGCUUGUGGAAGUGUGAAAGGAGGAGCAGAACCAAGUCAAGGCCAAAAGGAAGGAACCAAACCGUUAUUUGCAUUUGGAUCUGAAGCUUCAUCCUUUGGUGGACGCUUUACGUUUGGCUCUGGUGGAACAAACCAAGGCAGUGUUCCAAAACCAGCUUUUAUUUUCGGGGGUUCGAAGCAAACAUCGAAUCCAAGCUCAGGAGUUCCAGUCACCUUUGGUUCCUUAAAGCUAGGGGGACUUGAAAGUGAACAGCAGUCAGAGGAAAUCAAUGUAAAGAAUCAUUCAUUAAAUGACAACGCGCCUGAUGAAGAAGCGAAUGAUACCGCCGGCGAUAUGGUGGAGAAAGCCUUAACCAGAGAAGAACUACUUGAAGAAAAAUAUGACGAAAGUAAAAAUCAGAGUGGACGCUUUACGUUUGGCUCCGAUGGAACAAACCAAGGAGGUGUUACAAAACCAGCUUUUAUUUUCGGGGGUUCGAAGCAAACAUCGAAUCCAAGCUCAGGAGUUCCAUUCACCUUUGGUUCCUUAAAGCCAGGGGGACUUGAAAGUGAACAGCAGUCAGAGGAAAUCAAUGUAAAGAAUCAUUCAUUAAAUGACAACGCGCCUGAUGAAGAAGCGAAUGAUACCGCCGGCGAUAUGGUGGAGAAAGCCUUAACCAGAGAAGAACUACUUGAAGAACAAUAUGACGAAAGUAAAAAUCAGAGUGGUGGUACCGAAGCAUCGCCUAACUUGCAUGAAAAUCCUGAGGGAAUUACGUGUGACGAAACACCGUUGGUGUUGGUUAAAGAGGAAGUAGAGACUUCGAUCACUCCAGUUGUUACCCGGAACGAAGACAGCGUGUCCUCGGGUACCGAAGCGUCGCCUAACCUGCAUGAAAAUCCCGAGGGAAUGUCGGUUAAUGAGGAAGUCAACGAAGACAACGUUUAAUGUUUAAGAUAAGGUAUAAGACGAUCAAGGUAGCUGUUGAUAUUUCUUUAACUGAGAAAUGAAAUAGUGGUUUAGAUGUAAUUAAAAGCAUACGAAAGUACCAAAGUGGGUCGCGGAAGCCGGCAUUCGCGUAGAGCAAUCUUUAAAUGCAAUUUGGCUUUUUAUGCUCGUAAAUUUUCUGCAAAAUAAGUGUAAUAAGAGAGGAGCUGCUAGUUUAUUCCUAAAGCCCUUAAAGAAGAGGGCUAAAGCUUAAACGAAGACAGAUCGCGAAGACUUAAAACAUAUUAUCUUUGGUAGGUAGGUAAGCUCGCUAAUGUAACCAAAAUUAGAUCAAAAUCAUGUUCUUUCGAUUAUUUCACCAUACCUGCAUUUGCAAGACGAUCGGUUGAGAGAAAAUAGAUUAAAAGAUGACUUGCGUUUUGAAAUAACUUCGAGAAGGUAGGCAGUUUGUGCGAUGAAGACGUGGUACCAUUUGCACAUAUACAGAACUGAAAAUCAAAGAGAGCUUGUCCUGCUCACAACGACGUUCAUAAAUAGAACUCAGUUAUUGCUUUCUAACCAUUUAAUAGUAGAUUUUUGUCCUUUAGUGGUUAUGAUUUAAUCGAAAACUGGUGUUGUAAUUUUGGACAAUCUCUUUAUACCGUGAAGGUUUAUACGAAGUUAUUAAUCUUGGAAGCAGCUUUUUUUUUGUGUAGUUAUU